CCAGGAAACGCGUCAGAGUGAUCCCUCCUCUCCUCGCCGCCUCUCUGCUUUAGGAAACGUGGCCUUAGGUUCCUGCAGCACCUGGUGGAUGAAUGAGCCUCAGACAGCGUCAGCUUCCUGCUCUCAGUUUCCGCCGCAGCCUCAGGAGAACCCCAGCAGAACCUCUGUGAAGAACCAACAUGGCGGAGGUAGAACCCGUCCCCGAGGCCGUCCUCAACGCCACCGACUCCAACGGCACCGAGGCGCUGAACGCCACGGCUAAAUUCGUGGCCACCCCGGAGGGGACGGCGCUGGCCUACGGCAGCCUGGUGGUCAUGGCGCUGCUGCCCAUCUUCUUCGGGGCCCUGCGCUCCGUCACCUGCUCCAAGUCCAAGGAACUCGGAGAAAAUGGGUUCGAUUCUGGGUUCAGAAACUCCGCCGACGCUCCGGAGACCAUCACCAGUCGGGACGCCGCCCGGUUCCCCAUCAUCGCCAGCUGCACCCUGUUCGGACUCUACCUCUUCUUCAAGGUGUUUUCUCAGGAGUACAUCAACCUGCUGCUGUCCGUCUACUUCUUCGUGCUGGGCGUCCUGGCUCUGUCCCACACCAUGAGCCCGGCCAUGGCCCGAAUCUUCCCGCCGUCGGUGCCCAACAAACAGUACCAGCUGCUCUUCACGCAGGGUUCUGGGGAGUCCAAAGAAGAAAUAGUGAACUACGAGUUCGACACCAAGAACCUGAUCUGCCUGGUCAUCAGCAGCGUGGUGGGCGUCUGGUACCUGCUCAAAAAGCACUGGAUCGCCAAUAACCUGUUUGGCCUGGCGUUCGCCCUGAACGGCGUGGAGCUGCUCCACCUCAACAACGUCAGUACCGGCUGCAUCCUGCUGGGGGGGCUGUUCGUCUACGACGUGUUCUGGGUGUUUGGGACCAACGUCAUGGUGACGGUGGCCAAGUCGUUCGAGGCGCCGAUCAAAUUGGUCUUCCCUCAGGACCUCCUGGAGAAAGGCCUGGAGGCCAGCAACUUCGCCAUGCUGGGUCUGGGAGACAUCGUCAUCCCGGGGAUCUUCAUCGCCCUGCUGCUGCGCUUCGACGUCAGCUUGAAGAAGAACAGCAGGACCUACUUCUACUCCAGCUUCCUGGCCUACAUCUUCGGCCUGGGCCUCACCAUCUUCGUCAUGCACACCUUCAAACACGCGCAGCCCGCCCUGCUCUACCUGGUCCCCGCCUGCGUCGGCUUCCCCGUCGUCGUGGCGCUGGUGAAAGGAGAGCUCACCGAGAUGUUCAGCUACGAGUCCUCAGAGGAAGUCCUUCCUGCCUCUCCACGCAUCACUUCCUUCCCAACCGUCAGCGGCUCUCCAGCAAGCCUGGCUACAUCCAUGGAAACCAUGGCAACUGGCUCCUCCCCCCGCCACCGCCGCCUGCAGCCCACCGCCAUGUAGAAGCCGAGUCCACGUCUCACCUGGGCAGGUAGAACGGCCAUGAGCAAAGAGCG